ACUUUUCCUUCCUAUCACAGUGGGUAAUUAGUGUCUUAUUUAUAAUGAAUCAUGCUAAAGCCAUCUCCUCAUUAAGAUUUUUUCACACAGUGCUUGAAGAUAUCCYGAGAUGUUUUCUUGCUGUGUUGGACACAGGUGAGGCAAAAAUGGCCUCAAGUCACUUGAACGUGGCCUCGAACACAUGGAUGGGAGAACCCAGCUUUGGGAGCUCCCUGGCGCCGGUCUCGGCAGAAUGGACCCUGUGGUGCUCAGUUACAUGGACAGUUUGCUGAGACAGUCAGACGUGGCCUUGCUGGACCCACCCAACUGGCUCAAUGAUCACAUCAUUGGCUUUGCCUUCGAGUACUUUGCCUGUGACCAGUUCCGAGAGUUCUGCGAUCAGGUGAGUUUUAUUGGGCCCGAGGUGGCCCAGUUCAUUAAAUGUGCCACGAGCCAGGAGGAGGUGGCCYUGUUCCUGCAACCGCUAGACCUUCUCCACAAGAAGCUGCUGUUCCUGCCCAUCAACGACAACUCCAACCAGACUGCCGGAGGCAGCCACUGGAGCUUGCUGGUUUACUUCAGGGACAAAAAGUCCUUCGCCCAUUACGAUUCCCACAGCAAGAGCAACUCUGCCCACGCCAAGCAAGUGGCGAGGAAGCUGGAGGCCUUCUUGGGCAGGAAAGGGGGCAAAGUGCCGUUCGUGGAGGAGAAAGCGCCUGCCCAGCAGAACAGCUACGACUGCGGGAUGUACGUGAUCUGCAACACGGAGGCCCUGUGCCAGGGAUACUUCCAGGGGCGGCAGGAGCCUCUGCUGCAGCUCCUCACGCCGUGCUACAUCACGCAGAAGAGGGCCGAGUGGAAGGCCCUCGUGGCCGAGCUCGCGCGCAAGUGA